CAUCAGCUCCACGGGUGGCGGCGGGUCGCCGCCGCCGCCACCGCCGCCGCCGCCGCUACCGCACACAAAGGCAUCGGCCUCGGCCAGCACGUCGUCCUCGAGCGGCUCGCCGAACCAGACGACGUCGGGCCGCAGCAGGGCUGCUUUGCCGUCGUCCUUUGCGCACCGCGGGCAGGCCGGCAGGUCCGACGCGGCGACCUGCGGCGCGGGGAGCUUGCCGUCCACGAUCCAGUCCGGGUCCGGGUCGGCCGAGGACGGGGCCAGGGCCGGGCAGAGCGGGUCCGAAAAGUUGUCGCGCUCCACGUAGCCGCAGCCGUCGAAGCACUUGAGGUCGAACAGCCGCCCGUGCACCGGCCGCAGCGACGCGGGCGGGUGGCCGGCGCGCUGGGAGAGGCCGUCGACGUUUUGGGUCAGGCACAGGAAGCGGGUCUUGGCCGUCUUGGUUGUGGCGUCGUCGUCGUCGUCGUCGUCCAAGAGCGGCGGCGGCGUCAGGCGCGUCGCCAGGCGGGCGAGGGCGUAGUGGGCGGCGUUGGGCUGGACGCUGAGCGCGCGGUGGCGGCGCCAGGCGUAAAAGAGCCAGACAAGGCCCGGGUUCUCGGCAAAGGCCUCCGGGGUGGCGAGGUCGGUGGAGCGGUGGUUCCGCCACAUGCCGCCCUUGCCACGGAACGUCAGCAGGCCCGACGACGCCGAGAGGCCGGCGCCGCAGAGCGCGAGGACGCGGCCCCGGCCCUCGACCACCCUGCCGAGGAGGUCCUGGAACUCCUCGACCGAGGUCCGGGGGCUGCCCGUGGGGGUCUUGCGCGGCAUCCAAAAGGCGCGGGUGGAGGCGCUGGGGGACGUGGGUUGUUGAGCGGCCGUUGAUAGCCGCUGGACGCUUUUUGGGUGUGGGUUGAGGAAGACGCGGAGAGGUAUCCUGGACAUGUCCUGGACAUGGAUUUCAAUCAAGUCUCACGUCCAAAUGGAGCGUCACCCCAAAACAAACGACUGAUUUAUAGCUGGGCCAGUAGGCGCUUGGGGCCCACCCAUUUGAGUGGUUGGUUGGUGCUGCAAAGUUCCCUAUAUCGGAUCCAUGCAGAUGCUGCCGCUGCCUAGAGGUCAGGCUGCGUCGACUGCAGAGCCUCCAUUGAUGUGAGGGGAACCCAAGUGCUGCACCAUCACGUGAAGCCCACAGCCCUUGACCUCAGGAAAGCCCGAGGCCACAAUGUGUCUGUCUAGGGGUUUGAUAGCCCAUUGACGUCUUGUAUGCCCAAGGAAUGACAUACGAGCUGUGUCUUGGGUAUAGAUGGCUGCAAGUUGAAAAGUUGGGGGCGGCCAAGGUGAAAAGAGGGAGGUGCGGUGCGGCUGGCCCGGGCGAUAUGGAUUGCCCCCAGGGAUUUCCUUUAGUAAAGUUUCGCCCAUCGCUUUUACCAUUUGCGUCGAGUUCUUCCAGCGGUUUAGCAAGGAGGAGCAAGGGAAAUCGCGCUGGGCUACAAGACUAGCACGCUCUCGAUCCCGUCGGCCCUUGGCCACAACCACCGAAACACUCCCGUCACACGCCAGGCUAGAGUUAUGCCCAAGGUGACUCAGGACUCAGCUUUAAAAAGAACCCUUUCCUGUUUUUAGCCAUCCUCUUGCUACAUGCGGCGUGCUCGGGGGCACCCGCUCGUGUCUUUUCGGGUCUCGGGUGAAAGUGUUUUGAGGAGCGGGAGAUUCGACGGUAACGGCGCACCUGGCACGGCAUGCACGUGUAUAACAGCGGCGGCGGGCGAUGUGAUGAGGUGGCUGGUUUGUCUUGGUUCUCACAGCUGCUUUGGCUCAUCUCCCAUAUCGUCCAUGGCUUGAAAGAAGCACAUCUGGUGUCAAACUGAUGGUGUGGCGACUGUAAAAGAGGCCGACGGCCAUCAUUCUGAAAAAAGUGCCGUUCAUAGGCGCAACGGCCCCUAAUGCCCCUCAAAUGAUCGCAUCCGUCUCUUGCUAUGCCGCCUGGCCAAGCAUGGUCAAGAAUCAAGCCUCUCUCGACGCCAUGUUUGCACAGCAUGAUGCCCACGAUAUCCGCCCUACAAACAGCUAUGCCUGCCCCUACGGCCCGUUCCAAGCCACCACUCUGUUUGCUACGCUGACCCCGCCCAGAGGUGCUUAUCCUCCAAUCUUGUCUGCCGUGCAACAGCGGCGCGCAGCUCAGUCACUGCGGCCCCUGGCCGAGGCUGGACUAGGGGCCUUGGCCGCGACGCCGGCAAACGCAGUGGCGGAGGCGUGCAGGGGGGUCACAUCGGGACGCUGCAGUCGUCUGAUGAUCUCGGGAGACGAUCCGCAACUGCCCCCCUCUCCUCCCCGCGGCACAUUGACGUGGGCCAUGGAAAAUUCCGCCCGAGGAGAUCUCGUGCUGGAUGCGGAGUCGGUCCUCCUGUCUCUGGCUGCCCCAUUGCGCUCCCCGAUGAGGCCUCGCCGUGUGUCCCCUCGGGAUUUCUUGCAAAUGAGGCGACUUGUGAACUCCAAGACCUCGAGGAGUGGUGUCUCCGGCCGAGAUGGCCUGUUCCAAGUCGAGGGGCACGGCGCUCACGACUCUGCCCUGUCCAUCUCACCACUCCCGCCAGCCUGGUCUCAGAGGAACCCUUCCUCGGCCAAUUCGUCGGACCGUCCGCUGUCUUGUAGCCACGGAGGAGGCGCGCUGCAGCCCGACGGGAGCCCGCAUCCUCGUCCCUGGCCUGGCUCCGGCCUCGACGGUCGUCUGGCUGGAAGAAUCUCUGCGCCGCCCACAAAGCCACCACUAUACCUGAAGUGCCACGGGAUUUCCAGGAUCGCUGCCUAUCCCCGCCACGUCCGGGAGAGGGGUGGAGGGCUGGGUGAUAUGGGGGGUGGACGGGAAGAGAGCAACGGGCCGACACGGCCAGAGAUGGGACAGACCAGACACAACAUGCAGCCGGUUGGCUGUCUCCCAGACCUGCGUGGCUGGUACCUCAGGCCCUUGCAGCACGACGCCGAGUGCACAGCAUACGCACAUGUGGGCUCAGGAGAGAGGCUGCGGUGGAGCACGCAGUGA